AUGCUUGAGGAAUGCAUCCCGCAGCAAGUGAUGGACACCGAGGAAGGAGGACUGGAAAUGUCUAUCAGCAUCCUGUGCCACGCGCUGAACGAGACAGUCGAAACCGCACCGUGCGUAAUCCACCCGUACCAUUACCGAACGCCUUUUUUUACGCGCGGUUUACCCAUCCGAAAACUGCCCCCGGGACUGACUGACACGCGUCGAUCAACAUAUGUAGCCCUGAUGGACGAAGGCGGAUGGAAACAGCAGGCACCCAAACGGGCUGCGGAGUACGUGCCUGAUGAAGAUGGUGCUCUUCAGGAUUCCAUCUCUGAAGAAGAUGGAGAGAAUGACACUCUAAUUGAAGAGGAACCCUCAGAGAAGACAAGCCCCAAGACGUCUGAGGACCGAGAGCUGGACAACAAGAGCACCAACACCUACAGCAACCAGAACUCUCCUGUUAGUGUCCUUUCCAAUCAAGAGGCCGAGCUGGAAUCGCGUCUGAGUGACAACAGUGACAGACUCUCAGACUUCAAAACCUCAUCGCCUCCUCAGAGCCAGAAGGAUGAAGAAAGUCAUACCUCAAAGCAUAAAGAGGAGGUGGGCAGUAGCUUGGAGAAAAUGAGGGCGGCCUAUGCAAAUUUUCUCUCAGACUCCUAUUGGACUGGGAUCGGAAUGGACUUGAAAAUAGGCAAAAACACCAGCAAAGCCAACUGUGACAGCACCAACGGAAGCACCAAGAGCGAGUUUGACUGGCAUCAGGAUGCUCUCUCUAAAACCUUGCAACAGACCCUCUCCCCAAAACCUGCGUCAAAACCCAACCUCUUUAGCUCCGUCCACCUGUACAGGCAGACCACCAAACCGUGUGGCUCUGUGUUCACAGGAGCCAGCCGUUUCCGCUGUAAGGAUUGCAGUGCUGCCUAUGACACACUGGUGGAGCUGACCGUCCACAUGAACAAGACCGGACACUAUCAAGAUAACAACCACAGCAAACAGAGCAACUCGUCAGCUUCAUCCUCUAAGUCGAGGAAACGAAAUUUGCAAGACAUGGAAGACUCCACAACCGGCAUAUCCGGCUACAGUGAGGCACAGCGGGCAGCUACCCUUUCAAACACUAACAACAAUCGCUAUGGAUAUCAGAACGGAGCAAGUUACACUUGGCAGUUUGAGACAUGCAAGUCUCAGAUUCUCAAAUGCAUGGAAUGUGGAAGCUCCCACGACACCCUUCAGCAACUCACUACACACAUGAUGGUUACUGGUCACUUCAUCAAAGUCACAAACUCAGCCUCUAAAAAGGGCAAACAGUUAGCACUUGACCCCCUAGCUGUAGAAAAGAUUCAGGGCUUAGCGGAGAAUCCUUCCAGUGAUGCCGAGGGAGAAAAGGUCUCUCCAAAAACUAUCUCUUCUGGGAACAGUGAAAACGAUAGCCAGGGGGAAGGUACAUCUGACAAAAUGGAACAAACUGAAACUAAAGAUGACAAGCAAGAGAGCGAUGAUCAAAAAGCAAGUAAUGGGGCUUUUAAGUACCCUUAUCUCCGUGAAGAGGAUCUUGAGCAAGACUCAGGUGGAGGAGGGGAUAUUCUUAAAUCUUUAGCUAACACAGUGGCCUCUGCCAUCAAUAAAGCUCAAACAGGGACACCAAGCUGGAGUGCCUACCCAAGCAUUCAUGCUGCCUACCAGCUCUCUGGCAUAAUCAAAAGCGCCCCUCUCUCCGCGUCUCCCCCUUCUCAGCUAAAGCAGGCAUUUAACCACAAGCUGAGGCCGAUUGCCCCAAAGGGGAAGCUAUAUCACGGUGCCGUGGGAGUUGAGACUCCCCAGGGACACCAUCAAAACAUGGACAUCAAAAAAGAAAAGGUUGGCAUUAGUGAUUGCAAAGAAAGUCAGAAUAUUAAGUUUGAUCUGGUGGAGAAUGAUGACAGCGAUUGUCAGGAUGAUUCCUCUUCUUCUUCAAAGCUCGACGCAGACUGUGUGAACGAAGAGAGCGAAGCGAUCAAAGAGAAGUUGAGCCCAGAUUUCUCUGACAGAGGCAAGACACCGAGCCCCACUGCCAGCAAUGGACGAAGCACUACUUCAGAGCCUCUCAGUGACACUCCGGAUAUUCUUGGCAUAAACCCUCUAAGUGCACUACAGUCAGUUCUGAACAAUCAUCUGGGCAAGGCAAAUAAGCCCAAUAACUCGAGAGUAGAUAAACUAUCUGCACAUUCACAGUCUAUAUUCGCUGAGAUAAAUCGUAGCAGCGAGAAACCGUCUUUAAUGCUUGGAAGUCCUAUAAGAAAUAGGCCUAAUAACACCUUUGUCUUUGUUAAUGACGACCAGCCUAUAGACUUGACGAAAUCGAAACGCAGUAAGGCAAGCUCCUUGCUGCUACAGCCGUCUACCCCAAUGCCACAAAAAUAUGCCCUAUCCGACAUUGCCGACAUGGUCAAAGUUCUUCCAAAAGCCACUACCCCGAAACCCUCCAUACCAUCGAGAAUUCCAACCAUGAAACUGGAAUCGGAUGUUCGGCGCUUUGAGGAUGUAUCAGCUGACGUUUACUCUGUCCAUAAGCGCAAGGGUAGACAGUCAAACUGGAAUCCUCGUCACCUUCUCAUCCUGCAAGCUCAGUUUGCUUCCAGCCUUUUCCAGACCUCUGAGGGAAAAUACUUGCUCUCAGACCUCGGUCCUCAGGAACGUAUGCACAUCUCCAAGUUCACUGGGUUGUCCAUGACCACCAUAAGCCAUUGGUUAGCAAAUGUAAAAUACCAACUACGGAAAACAGGAGGGACCAAAUUUCUGAAGAACAUGGACACGGGCCAUCCAGUGUUCUACUGCAAUGACUGUGCAUCCCAGUUUAGGUCACCAGCCACAUUCAUUUCCCAUCUGGAAUCCCAUCUCGGGUUUCAAAUCAAAGACAUGUGCAAAAUGCCAGUAGAGCACCAGACAAAGGUAGAGGAGCCAGAACUGUCGAAGGCGCUCAGCGUCAGAGCCAACGAGCCUCUGGUCGCAGAGGAAGACAUAGACUCAAAGUUCAAAUGUAAGCUUUGUUGUCGGACAUUUGCAAGUAAUCACGCAGUCAAACUCCAUUUGAGUAAAACCCACAGCAAAUCCCCCGACAACCAUUCACAAUAUGUGGAAAUGGACAAGGAGUAG